UAACAACCAGGGACUUGGAACGUGCUAGUAUGGGAAAUCAAAUGGGAUAUGCACAUCAAAACGGUGGUACCCACACUUUUGCGUCCUCCCCUAACAUUUGCGGUAUAAACAAUGUUCUAAAAAAUGAUGAUAACGUUUCCCACCAACCAAAAACUAUCGAGACAAUUGAAAGAGAUUCUAUUAAUGGUCAUAAUUCACCAUCGGAUCCAUCCCUUGACAAAAACGGACCCCACUAUAAAUUUAACUGGAACCCUCUCCACGUGCGAUUACCCGUGUUUUUAGAAAGGUUAUCAGAUGAACUAAGCUUAUCGAACCCUCACAAACACGGCCAUCAUGACUCCCUUCAAGCUCAAGCAGUCUCAAAUAAACAAGAUAUUAGUGAUACACUUAACUCCGGACUUAUAAGUUUCACUCAACAAGAGUGUAAGGCUAUAAGGAGAACUUGGGGAUGCAUCAUAAGAAGUCCGCAAAAUAUAGGAAUCGAAGUAUUUUUGCUCAUUUUUAAACGUAACCCGGCAAUCAAGAAUAUAUUUCCUUCGUUCGGCGAGAAAAACUUGGAGGAUAUUGUAAAAGAUCCAAUUUUUCGGGCCCAUUCCAAGAGAUUCAUAUUCUCGAUUCGUUCUUUGGUAGAAAAUUUGCAAGAUUUAAAAUCGGUAACGACCGUUAUGGAAGCAUUGGGUAAAUUGCAUCAAAAGUUUCCAGGAUUUAAACCUGAAUACUGGAUUCUUUUUAAGGACUGCAUAAUGGAAGUGUGGAAAAAAGAGAUAGGGGAUGAAUUUACGCCGGAAGUUCAAUCGGCUUGGGAUCUUAUCUUAAAUCUCAUGAUAAUAAAGAUGAAAGAAGGAUACGAGAGCAAAAAUUGAUUCAUUGUCAAUUGACAAAUAUUUUAUUGUAAAUUUAUUUGUUGUAAACUUAUAUACUUAUAUUUAAUUUAUGUUAAAAGCAAGAAACUUAAUAAGUUUGAAUUACGAAAAUAAUUAUCCAAAUAUAAUGUAAUCCUAUUUGGUUUACUAGAAAUUAUGUUAUU